AUGGCGUCCAGAUCGGAGAAGAUACUACAGAUGGCGUUAGAUGAUGUAGGAAAAGAGCUUAAAGUUGCCACAAUAACUCCGGCAUUGGAAAAAACUACUGAACUAGUACCAGGUAAUGUAGAAAUUGAUAUAACAGAAACUAUUAUUAUAAAUCAAGUACAGGAAACUGAUGAAACAAACGAAAAUUUGUGUGAUAAAAACAUUAAUCACCAGAUUCAAGAAUUUGACUCAUAUAAUGGUAGUGAUCUUGAUGAAUAUAAUCUCUAUGCUUCAUCGGGAAGUUCUUAUCAUCCGUCAGAAGAAAGCACUGAAUCUGAAAAUGUUGAUAAAAACAAGCCUAAAGAUGAGGAACCGAAUGAAAUACCAAAAAAACGUCGCCGCAGAAAAGCCAAUAAAAAAGAAUGGAAACGAUCAAUUGUAAAAGAGUUAAGAAUUAGUGGUAAAAAAUAUAUUAAUCGCUCCGGAAAGGAAAUUACAGAAAAAAGUCCUCUUCCAACAGAUUGCUCUAAGUGCAGGUUUAAAUGUCAAAAACUAUUUUCUGAAGAGCAAAGGGCACAACUGUGUGCAGAUUACUACAGCUUAGCAGAUUAUACGAGACAAAAAACGCUGUUGAGUUCUUUGAUACAAAUAGUGAAUGUAUCUAGAAGCAAACAAACUUCCAUAACGAAAAAUCGAAAAGAGUCAAGGUUAUAUCAUUUAAUAGAUAAUAAUGGGCAAAGACAUCGAGUCUGCCUCAAGUUUUUUACAGCCAUGUUUGUUAUAUCUCGUAAAGUCGUUGAGAAGUGUGUUAAAGAAAUUAUGAAUAAGGGAAUUUUUGUCGGCUGUGAUAAAAUAAAGAAUAGCAAACCCCACAAUGCAACUGCUGAGAUACAACGGCAGCAAGUUAAGGAUCAUAUUAACUCAUUUCCAAGAAUUGAGUCACAUUACUGCAGGCGUGAUUCAACUAAAAACUAUUUAAAUGAAGAUUUAAACAUUUCCAUCAUGUACCGAUUAUAUCAAGACUUUUGCACUUCUAAUAGUUUAAGUCAUCAAAGUUUGUGUACCAAAGUAUUUUUCAUGAUUUUGAACCAGCUCUAG